CGAGUUUAUGGAAGGAAAAAGCUUUGACGCGCUCGAGCUUCAAGGUGUGUGGUGCAGCUGUAGUGUAUUGUGAAUAAAACCAUGCGGAAAGAAUAUCGUUGUGCGUUUGCGUAUUUUUCUAUAAGUUUUGCGACGAGUAUGAAUUUCAAAUAAUCGAUAAAAAUUGAUGGAGUCGGUACCCAUUACCGCAUGAAACUUUCGAAGCUCAUGUGUAAAAUAUUGUCGCCGUGUUUAACUAUCGCUUUCAAACUAUCAGUGCGGUAAAAGUUCGGCGAGUUUCCAGACGAAAAAUGAUAUAAUUCGACAAUCAUCGUUUGAGAAGAAAAAUACACGAAAACCGAAGAAACCAUGGUUUCUGUUCAACGAGCUUUUGCCCAUAAACUUUCGACACAACAAGCUGCUGAUGUUAGAAAGCAAAUAUCGUAUACUACAAAUGUUAAAGGGGUAGGAUAUAAGAACGAAGCAAGGGCGCCGGUUGCUUCGAUUUCUCCUUGUGAUAUUGUGGACCCAUUAGACUAUGAAGAUUUCAUUCAACAACAUCAAAUGCUCAUCGAUCGACACCCUCUUCGAUCGAUUAUCGAUUUCCCGCCUAAUGAUGUUCAAGUAUUCAUCGAACCGCGUAAACUACGAACCAAGAGGCCAAUUUUACCUAAAGAACCUAUCUCCGAACUCGAUCCGCAUGUCAAAGACUGCAUCGAGUGCUACACUCACGAUUGGGUGGUGGUCGAGUACUGUUACCGGCAUCAUUCUACCAGUUCUACCCUUCGUGAUAGGCCCACCGAGAGGGAGAUUUUGUUGCAAAACAUUCCGAGACAAGAGUUCGAGCUUGAUAUUAACGAACAGACUUUAUCCGACGACGAUAGCACCCUGAGAGGUGGUAGCGAAACGUCUUCCAUAGCCAGAAAAUCUGUAGCUAGUCAGAAUUCCGCUGAAACUCAUCGAAGCAGUUGGGCUAGUUUUGAUCUAAUGAAUACUAUGAACGAUCCAUUAUUAUUAUAUUUACUUCAACGAUCGCCUCAAGAGACAGUUGAAAAUGAAAAACAAGAAAAUCGACAAGAAGCGUUGAUGUUACUAUACCCACCUAGUGAUAUCGAAGACUUCGUCGAACGACGAGCCCAUCCAGAAAUGCCGGUUGAAUCCUUAACACACCGAAUUCUCGUGAAAUUCUCACAAUUAAAAUUAGAGCUCGAAGUCGAACCGAUCUUCGCUUCAAUUGCGUUAUACGAUUGUAAAGAACGACGUAAAGUAUCAGAGAGCUUCUAUUUUGAUUUGAAUUCCGAUGACAUUAGAACUAUGAUUUCGCCUCAUGUACCCUACGUCGACGCCAGCACGCAGAGCAAAGGGUGUAUUUUCAAUAUUACCUACCCUUCGCCGGAUCUCUUUUUGGUUAUUAAACUAGAGAAAGUUCUUCAGGGUGAUAUCAACGAUUGUAUCGAACCGUACAUGAAAGAAGAAAGGAAUCUCGAAAAAAUCAAAACAAACGCUCUUAUGUCCUGCGAACGUCUAGGCAAGUAUCGAAUGCCCUUCUGCUGGACGCCCGUCUACUUGAUGAACGUGAUCAAUGGUAAAAAUAGCCUAGAACGUGAUACAAACGAUAAAGAAAGCUCUGGUUCAAACAGCCUUGAUCGUAAAUUCAGCGGUAGUAAUUUAGAGCAAUUACGUAAAAAAGCCACCGAAAUUGGAUUAACUAGAAGAGGUUCGUUAGAAAGGAAGAGUACAUCUGAUAAACGCAGUAGUUGGUCUUCGGACGACCUAACCUCGAAUUUCGAUACAUUUAGUCCAGUUACGUUGAAAAUAUCGCAUUUCUUCAAACAAGAAUCGGAUCGUUUACACGAUGAAGAUUUGUACAAAUUUUUGCAAGAUUUUAAACGAACGAAUUCGUAUUUGAAGAAAUUUAAAAGCAUAUCAGGUUUAUUGCAAUUAGACAUAUCGCCGUGUCCGGAAGAACUAAAGGCUAACUGUUUGACUCCCGAAUUAGAACCUCUGAUGCCAUAUACAGAUGAAAAAAAUAAAAUUAUCAAAGAAGUACUGGAAUUUCCCUCUAAGGAGGUAUAUAUUCCUCAUUAUUUGUACAGAAAUUUGUUGUACGUCUAUCCAAAGGAACUGAAUUUCACUGGAAGAGCUGGCUCAGCUCGAAAUAUCGCCGUGAAAAUGGAAGUACUUUUCGGUGAAGAUAGACAACGAAUUUUAGACGUAAUAUAUGGGAAAUCAUCGUGUCCUCAGUUCACUUCGGAAGUAUACGCUGCUGUGAAUUAUCAUAAUAGGUGUCCUUGUUUCCAAGACGAGUUUAAAGUUCAAUUACCGGCGAAUCUAAGCGAUCAGCAUCAUUUAUUCUUCACCUUCUACCAUGUGAGUUGCCAGAAAAAGGUAGAGAAUAAUUGCGUCGAGACUCCAGUCGGAUAUACGUGGUUACCAUUGUUGAAAGAUCAUCGUCUGCAAACUGGCGAGUUUUGUCUUCCGGUUACCGUUGAGUAUCCUCCGUCAAAUUACUCGUAUAUUUCACCCGAUGUAUUGUUGCCUGGCAUUAAAUGGGUGGAUAAUCAUAAGAGUUUAUUUAGCGUGUGUGUGGAGAGCGUUUCUUCUGUUCAUACUGGGGACCCUUCUUUGGACCAAUUUUUUGUAUACGAUAGUAUGCUUGAGCAUGGCUCGAUACCUGCCCGCCUAGUCAACGAUACGAAUAUUGAGAAUGAAUUCAAAAAUAGAAUUUUAAACAUUAGUCAAGCUAAACUGGAACCUUUAGUGAAAUUCUUACCGUUAGUGCUAGAUAAAUUAUUAACGUUGCUAGUAAAACCACCUAUUUUAAAUAAUUGCGUUUUCAAUAUCGGACAAGCUGUUUUUGAAACAAUCGCUGUUAUAGUGAAGCUUAUAAAUACGGGGUUGCCCGAAAGUGAGCAGGAGACGGCCGGAUGGCAUAGCCUUUUGACCACAUAUACAGCGUACCAAUGUUGUAUACCUAACCUGGUAUCGAAAUCGUGCUCUUUGGAUAGCCCAUUAAGGAAAGCGAACUCUAUUCAUAGGAGUGAAGUUGACGGUGAAAUCGAUAUGUAUACGAAGAAAAACUUCGUCCGUAAAAUCAAACCGAGUGGAAUCCUCAACGGUGGUUUCAACGUAUCUCGUUCAGAUGCUGCUAAAUUACUUCACGAAGAGAUUGCUCUGCAAUGGGUAGUUACAAGUGGAACGGCUCGCGAAUACGCGGUCACGAAUUCAUGGUUUUUCUUCGAUUUGAUGAUCAAAAGUAUGGUCGAGUACAUGGCAUCAGUAUGUGGUUUGGAUUCUUCUCGUAAACACCGGUUCUCCGAGCAAUUUUUGGAUGAUAUUUCUACUCUAGUCACUACUUUUACUUCGGAUAUCAUUUCUGGAUACAGUAAAGAUAUCAAGUUAAUCCAAAGCAUGAACUGCAGUUUGGCGUUUUUUCUCUUCGAUUUAUUAUCCAUAGCGGAUCGCGGUUUUGUGUUCAUGUUGAUCAAAACAUACUAUAAGCAUAUGUCGACCAAAAUAUCAUCGUUACCUGACGCUCACACUUUAUACAGUCUCAAGUUGGAUUUCUUGAGAAUUAUAUUCAGCCACGAACAUUUUGUCGCUUUAAAUCUACCUUACGGCACGCCUUUCAUGUCAAGCUCAACAUCUACCUCGCCAUCUCCUUCGGUAUCAUCGACAACUAGUCAAUCAUCGUUUAUGUCGUUUUUAACGACCAAGGAUAAAAAACUGUACGCCGAAUUGUCUCCGGAGUUUAGACAGCACCAUUACUUCGUAGGGCUAAUAUUUAGCGAUUUAGCCACUAUCCUGGACAUGCAGAUACCGGUGUUACAUAGCAAAGUAGUGAAUAUAAUUAGAAAUUUAAUGACGUCCCACGAUUCGGAUGUCCGAUACGCUGAACCUGAAUCAAAAGCUCGAGUUGCUGCCCUUUAUUUACCAUUGUUGUUAAUUGUGAUGGAUAUGUUACCUCAACUUUAUUCUUGGAAUAAUGAUUUAAAAAGUCGAUCUUUACUUAAUCAAAGUACUGAAUGUGAGCAAACAAAUGGCAUACAUCAGUCGAUUGCGAUGGCCAUAGCUGGAACGUCUAUGUUUGGUAUCAAACACAGCUCUAGCGAUGCUUACAGAUUCGCACAACAACCUCGAAAAUGUACAUUAAGCAACGAAACAACACAGAAUUUGCUGAUUUGUUUCCUAUGGGUUAUAAAAAAUAUGGCUAAAGAGAUGCUCAGGAAGUGGUGGACUGAAUGGUCUACCCAAAGACUGCUCCAGAUGUUGGAGAUGUUGAAUAUUUGCAUAUCAUGUUUCGAGUAUAGAGGACGUAAAAUCAUGAAAAGUGCUAGUCAACAAACGUUCAAUAAAACAAUGGAUAUCAAAUCAAGACUGGAAGAUGUGAUAUUAGGUCAAGGUUCUGCUCGUUCUGAACUAAUGAUGAGAAAAAAAGGUGGUCCCGGUGAUCGUUAUAGAUGGCGUAAAGAUCACGUCUUAUACCGUCCCAAUUCAGAAGCUACAGAUAAACCUAAACCCGAACAUGAAAAUGAUUGCCAAGUUGAAGGCAACCUGGCCACUGAAGUUAGUUUCAUCGUUUUAGAUACUUUGGAACAGAUCGUACAGGUGGCUACUCAAUGUGAUCAUUUACACAGUAUCUUAGAAAGCGUACUGAAAGUUUUGCUACACGCUUUGUCGAGAAAUCAAAGCACUUGUGUUCUGCAAAGUAUGUUCGCGGUUCAAAGAUCCUUUGUGUAUAAGUUUCCAAAUUUAUUAUUCGACGAAGAUACCGAACAAUGCGCUGAUUUAUGCCUACUUCUAUUGAAGCACUGUUGUUCGAAUUUAGGAAAUAUUCGGUCUCAAGCUGCGGCUUCCUUGUAUAUGCUGAUGAGGCAGAAUUUCGAAAUAGGAAACAAUUUCACGAGAGUUAAAAUGCAAGUCACGAUGUCGUUGAGUUCACUCGUCGGCACUAGUCAUACUUUUAACGAGGUGGCUUUGCGAAGAUCGCUGAAAACUAUUUUAAUGUAUUCGGACGAGGAUAAAGAAUUACAAGAUACCACGUUCCCGGAACAGGUGAAAGAUUUGGUAUUCAAUUUGCACAUGAUAUUAUCAGAUACGGUCAAAAUGAAGGAAUUCCAAGAGGAUCCCGAAAUGUUACUAGAUCUUAUGUACAGAAUCGCAAAAGGAUACCAAAAUUCGCCCGAUUUGAGAGUCACCUGGUUAGCCAACAUGGCUCAAAAACAUAUGGAACAUAAUAAUCAUACAGAAGCUGGAAUGUGUCUAGUGCAUAGCGCAGCGCUGGUUUCGGAAUAUUUGCAAAUGCUCGAGGAUCAACAGCAUCUUCCAUUGGGAGCUGCCAGUUUUGAAAAAGUAACGUUGAAUAUACUAGAAGAAUGUGCUGUAUCCGACGACGUGCUUAGGCCAGAAGAAGAAGGGUUUUGUUUAGGCAAAGAUUUCACGGAAAAUGGAUUAAUAGGGUUAUUAGAACACGCAGCCAGUUCUUUUCAAUUGGCUGGAAUGUAUGAAGCUAUGAGCGAAGUAUACAAAGUAAUGAUACCGAUUAUUGAGAAAAAUCACGAUUAUAAAAAAUUAGCCAAUAUUUAUAGUAAAUUGAACGAAGCAUAUACCAGAUUGGAACAAUUACAAGGGAAACGUAUUUUUGGAACGUACUUCCGAGUUGGAUUCUAUGGCACAAAAUUCGGUGACUUGAAUGGCGAAGAAUUCAUUUAUAAAGAACCCACUCUUACAAAAUUAUCAGAAAUAUUCAGUCGGCUUCAAAGUUUUUAUUCCGAACGAUUCGGACCAGAUGUCGUGAAUAUUAUCAAAGAUUCCAACCAUGUCGACCCAAAUACUCUAGACCCAGACAAAGCCUACAUACAAAUUACCUACGUAGAGCCUUAUUUCGAAACUUACGAAGAACGCCAUCGUAAAACGUACUUCGAAAGGAAUUUUAACCUGAAACGAUUUGUAUAUGCAACCCCUUUCACAUCGAAUGGGAAGCCUCAUGGUGAUCUGCAUGAGCAAUGGAAACGUAAAACUACUUUGACUGUUGCUAAUCAUUUUCCUUAUGUGAAGACCAGAAUCCAAGUAGUCGAUAGGAAACAGAUUGUAUUGACGCCUAUCGAAGUGGCCAUCGAGGACAUCCAAAAGAAAACUGCUGAACUGGCUCAUUCCAUUCAGCAAGAUCCACCUGAUACGAAAAUAUUACAAAUGGUCCUCCAAGGAUGUAUUGGAACCACUGUCAAUCAAGGUCCAAUGGAGAUGGCGACUGUAUUUUUAACCCCUUUGUUAGACGAAAAUCAUGAACCUACUAAAUUACAAAAUAAAUUAAGACUUUGUUUCAAGGAUUUCUCCAAAAAAUGCUCGGACGCAUUACGCAAGAAUAAAAAUCUCAUAGGACCCGAUCAACGUGAUUAUCAACGCGAAUUAGAACGUAAUUAUCACCGUUUUACCGAUAAACUCACGCCACUUAUUACAAUCAAAAGAACGGAUAAUACUUUGAAAUGUCUGAAAAGCUGAAAAUCAAUCUCGCUGACACGAAGCUAGAUGAUUGAAAUUUAGGUAAUUAGUACUGUGUUCGAUACGCUUAAAUUUGAUGUUUUAUUUCAUUUUUUCAUUUUUCAUUUUGAAUCUUAUUUUUUGUCUGUAUGUAAUUUUUAUUUAAUUUAUUUUCAACGAACAAUAAACAUUUACCAUGUUUUUAAUUUUUAAGAUAAUUUUAACGAUUUUUACAAGUUUUAACCAAAGACUGUAGUGCGCUAGUGUGAAGAAUUUUUUACUGAUGCUUUUUACAAUUUUUUCAGUUUGUCUUUUCUGAUAUUUUUUUGUGCCAGCUCUCUACGUUUUACGUGUCCUUUUUAUAAUAAUGUAUAAUUGGAUAUGUGAUUUUACAAUUUUGUCUAGUGCCAAUAAAUCAUCGAUAUGUGGGAAGUUGA